AUGGUAAAGGAAAACACAACACAACGACAAGGUCGAAGGCAGAAUUCAUGGUGGAGGUCAUUUAAAAGGAAUUGGGAAUAUAAAAUUGCAAUAUUUAUAAUUGCUUAUUAUUUAAUUUCCCACGUUGUUUUAGAAACCACCGACCGUGUUAAGGAAAGAGGAUUGAACAAACGACUUCGAGUUCUUCCGGAAGUAGUUAUAAAUUAUUAUGGAACGAGCAGGGAGUUUGAUGAUAAAGCAUUCAAUGUUAAUAAAUUUGCAUAUAUGCAAUAUGCUACCAAUUAUGAUUAUUUGAAUUUGGCAAUUCUUAAUUUCAUUCAUCUUAGAAAGGGUAAUACUCAGAUUCCAAAUUUGGUGAUAUUAUAUGAUGAAAUUCUUCAAUUUUAUUCGUCUGAUAAUUGGAGUAUGUUAGUACAAUUAGCAAAUCAGUAUAAGAUCGAACUACGUCCUGUAGGUUUACUUAAAGCAAAUUAUGGGGACGAUACAACUUGGGCAGCAUCUUUCACCAAAUUCCAUAUAUUCAAUCAAGUUGAAUAUGAAAGAAUUUUAUAUUUUGAUUCAGAUUCUAUGUUUGUUAAGAUACCUGAAGUAAGAGAUAUCAAUUUUGAAACUUUAGAUAGUGGAUAUGGAAAUGUUGAUGAAUUAUUUAAACUCCCUCGUGAUAUUUCAUUUGCAUUAACCCAAGCAUAUUGGAUAAAUGAUGUAGUAGAAGGAAGGUCCCAAUUAAAAACAAGAAUCAAAGUUGAAAUUCCUGAAGAAAGAAGAUAUAGUCUUAGAAUGAGGAAGAUUGUUUAUGAUUUACGUACUUGUGAGAAUCCAAGUGAAGAAUUUGAAUUACUUCCUGAAUUAUUAUAUGAAGAUCAUAAGUUUAAUAAUGUUGAUAAUUUCUUUGCCAAUCAUUUUAUGAUUAUAACUCCUUCUAAGAAAACAUUCAAUCGAUUGAUGAAGUAUGUUUCAAACCCAUGGUAUUGGUCAUUUACUAAUCGCGCCAAUUUAAAGAAGAAAACUGAUUAUGAUAUGGAAAUCUUAAAUAAAUUCUUGGAUAAUGAAUUAAGAUCAAAUAAUAAUAAGCUUAAGAUUGGAAUUCUACCCCAUCGAGUAUAUGGAGUCUUAACUGGAGAAUUUGGGGAAGAAUGGCAUGAAAGAUUUGUAGUUGAACCUCAAUAUUUACCAUUUAUCAAGAAGAGAUCAAAUAAAGGAUGGGACGCCAUGAAAUUCUUUAGAAAGAUUAAAGUUGUCCAUUUUUCCGAUAGUCCAAUUCCAAAGCCCUGGGAAGAUCAAGAUAAUACAUGGCCAUAUAAUAAUAAUAAGAUAUAUUGUAAGUAUGGUGAUAUGGAGAAAUACAAUCAAGAGUAUCCCACUGAGUUUAAGCCUAGAUUGAUUGAAGAUUGUGAUAGUGUUGAGAUUUGGAAUUGGUUUAGAAAUCAAUUUUACAAGGCAAGAGAGGGUAUGUGGUUUGUAUAG